AGUACGAUUUUGAAGAUGAGAGCACUCUUUGGGCUCCAGAGGAAAGAAAAGUUGUUGUAAUGGCUGCCGUGUCAUGAAAUGAAGGUACCGAGCCAGUUUUGUGGUUCCACGAUGGAGGAGAACUCCAGUUCUGCAUCUCAAAAUCAUAAUGGACAAUUAUCUAGUGGUGCAAAUGUUCCAUUAACAAAUAAUAAACAUCAAGGGAAUGACAAUGGUACUAAUGGCGAUGCUAAGAAUGAAAGGCCACAAUACUCUAUGCCUGGUAUUCUACAUUUUAUUCAGCAUGAAUGGACUCGCUUUGAACUUGAAAGAUCGCAAUGGGAGCUUGAUAAAGCAGAAUUUCAGGUAUCGUCUUAAUUUGUUUGAGGAAAA